AUGGAACAUGAGUUAGCAAGAAGGACAGAAAGUUUACCUGAUGAAAAAUGCAUGAACAAGACAGUUCUUAGUUUUUGCAUCUGUAUAACCACGCUUUGUAAAUGUCUCUUUUCACAACUGACACGUUCUUUCUCUCUCUACUGUACAGAAAUACACUUGAACCAGAGCAGCCCAACCAGUGAAUUCCCCAGCUAUGGUGAAAAUGGAAAUGAUACCAGUUUACUUGUUUCACCCCUUCUGGUGGCUGGAGUAGUAAUCGGACUUGUGCUAUUUCUAUCCUGUGUUACAAUCAUUGUUGGCAGUCUGCGAAAGGAUGGACGGUUAAGACACCCACAUCUGAGGAGAGAUGCUAUCUAUGCUCCAGAUGGCUUCUCUUAUGGUGGUUCUUUUGGAGAGCUGAGAUCCACCUGCAUGGAAGAGUUUCCCCCAGCUUUUGAUUUUGGUUCCUAUCUGGAUACACUUUCUCAGGUCAACGUCAUGUAUCCCGAUUCACCUCCACGCUAUGAUGAAUGCAUGGGGCCAGGAGCAACACAAAUAUAUAUUCCCACAGAUGAUCCCCCCCCAUAUUCUCUUACGGACCCUUGUCAAAGAAACGAAAUAUCUAUAAACAUUAGUCUGGAAGAGGAAGCAGCAUCUGGGACUACAGGACAGGCUGCAAAUUAUGCACUCAGGCUGCAGGACUUGCAGCAGCCCAUUUCAUCCAUCUCGUUGUCAUCUCUCACUCUGGAGGCUGCUCCGCUGUACGAGACUGUGGUGUGCGAACAGAAUAACGCCAUCCCACUUGUUCCAAUGGAAGUACUGAAAGGUUCUUCCACUGGCUGUCAGACCCUUCUGAACCAAAUCAUGUGA